AUGCUCUCUAGAAUAAGUGGACUGUUGUCGAAUUGUGCGAGUACUAUUUCGCCUGUGAGAAUUGCUGGGUUAGUUCCCACCUCUUCGAGUGCAUCAUUCUUUACUCAGAUCUCUUCGUUUGCAACGUCCCUCAGUUUUGCCAGGAACAACUUUCUUCAGUUCAUUCAUUAUCGCAAUGGCCCUCCAAAAAGGCGCGCAAGAAGUAAAGAUAAAAGUCCAAUUAGCGGAUACAAUCAUUUUAAAGGAAUUGUAUUAAAAACUGUUAUUCGUCAUCCUAAGAAGCCGAACUCCGGAAAUCGAAAAUGUGCUAUUGUUCGCUUAUCGACUGGUGCUGAAGUUUGUGCAUACAUUCCGAAUGUUGGGCACAAUCUCCAGGAGCAUUCCCAGGUUCUCGUUAGAGGUGGCCGAAGACGUGAUUUGAUCUCUGUGAAAGCAAAUAUUGUCCGCGGAAAAUUCGAUUGCGCCCCUUCAACUGGUGGAAGAAAAUAG